UUUACAUUGAGAUAGUAAUGGUCUUUGUUUUUCUCGCUAAAAGGCGACACGCUGCACUUCUGUCACUGUCAGCAGACGGACGAUACAGCGCCGAUUAGAGGAGCGACCAAGCAGUGUGUAUGUAUGUCUUUUGUUGAUUGGCUGAACCGUGGCCACUCUUCCCACAGCCUGCCGCUCACGGAGCUGCGCGCAGAUAUAUUGAGUGCACAGACUUGAGCCAGUCCAGUUUCACAGCCCGCCGCUACUCCCGAGGGCAGGACGAGGAAAUCUCCGAGCGGCUUUAUUUUCUGUUAAAGUAAAGCAGAGACCAUGGCUUCCCUCGCAUGCAGCAGUUGCAUGUGGAUGAUGGUUCUGGGCGUUUGUGUGUCACUUGUGGUUGGAACAGACUGCGGGAAGGAGUGUGCACUUUGCGUAUACCAUCUGCUGGGACAACAGUCUGGUUUCUCAUCAAUGACAUGCUCUCCUCAGUGUGAUGGUGGGUUGGACAGCCAGAAGCUGCGCCUGUGCCAGGACUUACUGCUGGAAGAGGAAGGCCGCAUCCCAAUGGAUGCUUACCCCAAUGAUCAGGGGGCGCAGGAAGCAGAAGGUACCCUGAACACUGAUGAUGAGUUUGCAAGAUCACCAGAACAACAAAUGUCCAAGAAGUAUGGUGGAUUCAUGAAACGCUAUGGUGGCUUCAUGUCUCGCCGCUCAUCCUCUACAGACGGCUCACUAGAGGAAACCAGAAACCAGAACGAUGAAGAAAACCUCCACCUGGACAUCCUAAAGUUCCUUAAUACAGAAAUUGGGCGUAGCAAUAAGGGGGUUGAUCAGGGAGGUGAGGUAGUAAAGAGGUACGGAGGUUUCAUGCGUCGGGCUGAAGGGGAGGUUGCGCAGGGUGACCUGCUAGAGGCAGUGUUGGGCCGAGGCCUCAAGAAACGCUACGGAGGCUUCAUGAGGCGUGUGGGUCGGCCCGAGUGGCUGGUGGACAGCAAGAAUGAAGGGGUGAUGAAGCGAGCUUCGGAGAACGGUGGCGAGCUACAGAAGAGAUACGGUGGCUUCAUGGACUAGGAGAGUGAUGACGCCCCAGUCCCUCACCCGUCCAACCUUACCAAGUAAUUACUGUUAUCAGAACUUUUUUGGUGUUCGUGUAAGUUGCCUGCCCACCUAUACUAAAUUAAAUCUCAUCUUCUUUUGCAUAAUGUGCCGAUCUUUGGUUUGACUGGUCAUGUAAUGAUAUCAAGAAAAAAUAUGAACAUGCACUGUUCAAAUGUACACAAGCUGUUAUUCGGUGUUUCUGUUUUUCAUGACAAUAUUAUUUAUUAAAAGAAUAUGUUGAUCAA